UUAUUCUGUGGUGAAAUUUAUUGUAUGAUUCAUCACCAUUGGCCUAAUGACUCAAUUCAAAUACUGCAUUGACAUAAUUUGACCUCAUCCAACAACUAUAUCUCCCACAAAAAAAGUGAAAAAAUCAAUCUUCAUUUCUUAUAUGAUGAGCAUUUCUUAUCUUGAAUAAUUGUUAUUGUGUUUAAUAUAUAGUUCUUUUGUAAAUCAUCUUCCUUAGGGGCAGCCUUGGGGGUUGGUUCUUCCGAGGCAGCUUGUUAGUCGGAAAUUCCCCUUAAAAAAUGCAGGUGUAUCGAUGUUUUUUCAGUUUGUUGCUGAUCUCUGCUGUUCUGUUUUCUUUCUCUUGUGCACUCUCUGAUCAUGAAGCAUCAUUGCUUGCACGGCGACAACUGUCAACACUUGCUGAAAAUGGUAAUUUACCCGAUAACUAUGAAUUCGAGGUGAAUGUAGAAUACACAUUUCCUAAUUCUAGGCUUAGACGUGCUUAUAUUGCGUUAAAGGCAUGGAAAGAAGCUAUAUAUUCUGACCCUUCUGAAUUCACUAGCAAUUGGAAAGGUCCAGAUGUUUGUAACUAUAAAGGCGUGUUCUGUUCGCCUGCUUUAGAUGAUCCUAAUGUCACUGUUGUUGCUGGGAUUGAUAUGAAUCAUGCAGAUAUAGCAGGUUAUUUUCCUGUAGAAUUAGGAUUAUUGACAGAUGUAGCUUUGUUUCACCUAAAUUCCAAUAGAUUUUGUGGAAUUGUUCCUGAGAGUUUUUCGAAGCUUACGUUGAUGCAUGAGUUUGAUGUUAGUAAUAAUCGUCUUGUUGGCCCUUUCCCUACGGUUGUUCUGAACAUGUCUAGUCUUAAGUACUUGGAUUUAAGGUUUAACAACUUUGAGGGAGAGUUGCCUCCACAGUUGUUUGACAAAGAUCUUGAUGCUUUGUUCUUGAAUGAUAAUCGAUUUGUGUCUACCAUCCCUGAGACUCUUGGUAACUCUUCAGCUUCUGUCAUUGUGUUUGCUAAUAACAAGUUUCAUGGCUGUAUUCCCAGUAGCAUUGGGAAGAUGUCGAAUUUGGAUGAGAUUGUGUUCAUGAACAAUGAUCUUGGUGGAUGUUUGCCUGUUGAAGUCGGGUUGUUAAAGAAUGUAACAGUGUUUAAUGCUGCUGGGAAUUUACUUUCUGGGAUAUUGCCAAAGACACUUGAUGGUCUUUCACAUGUUGAGGAAUUGGAUAUUUCACAUAAUACCUUAACUGGGUUUGUUCCGGAGAAUCUAUGUUCAUCGUUGAGUUUGAAGAAGUUUGUGUUUUCGUUUAAUUACUUUAAUGGAGAGGCUAAAGGUUGUGAAGCGCGAACAAGGAAAGAUAUGAGUUUGGAUGAUAGGAACAAUUGUUUGCCUGGUAGAGCAAAACAAAAGUCUCAAAAAGAAUGUCAACCUAUUGUGAGUAAGCCAGUUGAUUGUAGUAAGGCUAAAUGUGGAGGGCCUUUAACAAAAUCUCCUCCUAGUAAGAAAAAUGAAGUGCCACCAAAACCAACACCAGCACCAGCACCAAAACCUCGACCUACCUCUAAGUCACCACCCACCCCAAAGAAGGCUUCUCCUCCACCAACACAAGCCGUUUCAUCGCCCCCUCUAGUACAUUCUCCACCACCACUUGUUCACUCCCCUCCACCACCUCUAGUACAUUCUCCACCACCACGUGUCCAUUUUCUUCCUGUUUCCUCUCCACCACUACCCGUCCACUCCCCUCCACCACCUAUAGUACAUUCUCCACCACCACAUGCUCAUUCUCCUCCUGUUUCCUCUCCACCACCUCUCGUCUACUCUCCACCACCACCUCAUGUCCAAUCUCCACUGCCACCUCUAGUACAUUCUCCACCACCACCUGUUCACUCUCCUCCUUCACAUGUUUCCUCUCCACCGCCACCUCCAGUACAUUCUCCACCACCACCUGUCCACUCUCCACCGCCACCUUUAGUACAUUCUCCACCACCACCUGUCCACUCUCCACUGCCACCUUUAGUACAUUCUCCACCACCACCUGUCCACUCUCCUCCUCCACAUGUUUCCUCUCCACCACCACUUCCUAUCCACUCCCCUCCACCACCUCCUAUCCAAUCUCCACCGCCACCUCUAGUACAUUCUCCACCACCACCUGUCCACUCUCCUCCUCCAUCGCCACCUGUCCAUUCCCCUCCACCACCACCGGUCCACUCCCCACCACCACCUCAAGUACAUUCUCCACCACCACCCGCUCACUCUCCUCCUCCUCCUGUUUCUUCCCCACCACCACCCGUCCACUCCCCACCACCACCUCUAGUACAUUCUCCACCACCACCCGUCCACUCUCCACCACCUCCACCACCACCACCACCUUUCGAGCAUGUUGUCCUUCCACCAAAUAUUGGUUCAAUUUACGCAUCGCCACCGCCACCGAUCUUCCAAGGAUAUUAAUUAAGCAAUGAAUGAAGCUUCGUCUCGUUUCCACCUUUUUAGUACGUAAAAUAUUUAGUACAUGCAGAAUUACAUCAUCAUAUCUCUUAAUGUAAGAUUAUUAUCUAAUAUAUGGUGAUGUUUUUCUUUCUU